AUGUUGCGCAUGAUUUGGAUCAUUCUGCAUCUGAAUCUGGUUCUGGCUCUGGCCCUGACUUUCCAGGCCGCUCGUUCCAGUCCCAGUGACGAUGAUCAUGGCCACGGUCAUGGUCGUGGUCUCAGCUUCGAUCACCACCACUACCACGAUCAUGAUCAUGAUAACACCACUACCAACACCACCAACGCCGCCCAUCACAGUCCACCCCUGACUGCUCGCACGGGUCCCGCAGAUCCGGUAUCUCAACUCCUCGCCAUCGCCCCAUCGUCCAACACUUGCGCCAACGCACCCUUCCCAUCCGAAUGCACGGUGACGACGGCGUCGCUGGCGCAGAUCAUCAUCGGCAGUUUCGCGAGCCACAAUGUCUCCACGGCUCCCGAGCAAGCCGCCCUCCUGUCGUGGAUGGCGUUCGAAUCCGGUGAGUGGAAAUACAACCGCAACCACUUCCCCGCCCCGGGUCGGCCUGGCCAGGGGACGCGGGUGAUGAUGAUGCCGAACUACGUCGCCGAGUUUGCGAGGAGCUUCAAGGAGUUGGCCGACGGUGACGAGCUUGGCGGUACUACCACGGGAAGCGGUGAUCCGGAUCAAGUGCUGGAUUUGGUGUCUGCCGACAAAUACAGCUUUGCCGCCGCCGCGUGGUACUAUGACACCCACUGUACACCGGAGGUGAAAGAGGGCGUGCAGACGGGCGGAGAACAGGGCUGGGAAGAGUUCGUGACGGUGUGUGUUGGGACGACUGUGACGGAAGGGAGGAGAGGGUACUGGGUCAAAGCGUGUGAAGCCUUGAAUAUUGUCGUUCCUGUUCCCGUCGUUGUUGUUGUUGAAUAA